CAGUAUUAAAUUGUGUGUCGUUCUGUUUGCUUGUGGGCUUUCGCGAGUAGAAAUUCAGUAAUUUUUAUAGCAAGUGCUAGGCCUGCCAAGUGCAUAUAUAGCUAAUACCUCUAAACCCACCCGCAUUCAUUUUUUGUUGAGUGAGUCAAGCUUAAUUCGGCUCUUUUAUAUCCUUAUAUAUACUAUACCACUUAAAAGCACCACACAAAUUUAAGAUGGCAGCCCCAGCAGCACCAGCACUCAAGGAUUUGCCCAAGGUGGCCGAGAAUCUGAAGAGCCAAUUGGAGGGCUUCAAUACGGAGAAGCUGAAGAAUGCCAGCACCCAGGAGAAGAUCAUUUUACCUACCGCCGAGGAUGUGGCUGCCGAGAAGACUCAGAAGUCGAUAUUUGAGGGCAUUGCCGCAUUCGAUACAAACAAGUUGAAGCAUACGGAGACCAAUGAGAAGAAUCCAUUGCCCGAUAAGGAAGCAAUUGAACAGGAGAAGGAGAAGAAUCAAUUCAUAGCCGGCAUCGAGAACUUUGAUUCGAAAAAAUUAAAGCACACCGAAACCAACGAAAAGAACGUGCUGCCAACCAAGGAGGUCAUUGAAGCCGAGAAGCAGGCCUAAAUGUCAGGCACAUGGCCAAAACACAUACAACAUACACAUACUUGCAUACAUCAUUAAAAACAAGAAAAGAAAAAGCAAAAAAAAAAAAAA